GCGGCUGCUGGUCCUGGGAGCGAAGGCAACGGAGAUCUUCCCAGCUCGCGAGAGCGCCCCCUUCUCCCACGGUUUCAGAGACCCAGCAACGGCUAUGGCUCCGGCGUCUGGCUCCCCCAGCCCGGAGUGGGAGGCCUCGGGCUCCGGGGAGAAGCGUCGCAGUUCGUCGAAGAGCCCUAAGCCCAGCAAAUCCUCUCGCUCCCCGCGGGGCUGCCGCUCUCGCUCGCACUCUUGCUCUCGGUCCGGGGACCGGAAUGGCCUUAGCCAUCAACUGAGUGGCCCCAGCCAAGGCUCCCGAAACCAGUCCUACCGUUGCCGCUCGCGGUCACGCUCUCGAGAGCGGCCCUCCGCGCCGCCGGGCGCCCCUUUCGCUUUGGCCUCCUCGUCCGCCUAUUAUGGCGGCUCCUCACGCCCCUACGGGAGCGACAAGCCAUGGCCUAGCCUCCUGGACAAGGAGAGAGAAGAGAGCCUGCGACAGAAGAGAUUAAAUGAGAGAGAGAGGAUUGGAGAAUUGGGAGCUCCUGAAGUAUGGGGACUUUCUCCAAAGAAUCCAAAACCAGACUCUGAUGAGCAUACACCAGUAGAGGAUGAAGAGCCAAAGAAAAGCACCACUUCAGCUUCUACUUCAGAAGAAGAAAAGAAGAAGAAGAAGUCUAGUCAUUCAAAAGAAAGAUCCAGCAAAAGGAGGAAGAAAAAAUCAUCUAAAAGAAAACAUGAGAAGUAUUCUGACGAUAGUGACAGUGACUCUGAUUCUGAAACAGACUCCAGUGAUGAAGAUACAAUAAGGAGAGCAAAGAAAGCCAAGAAAAAGGAAAAGAAGAAGAAACGCAGAUCGAAGAAAUAUAAGAAAAAGAAGUCUAAGAAGAGCAGAAAAGAUUCCGGUGAUUCAAGUUCUAAAGAGUCCCAAGAAGAGUUUCUGGAGAAUCCCUGGAAGGAUCGAUCAAAGCCUGAAGAACCCUCAGAUUUGAUUGGCCCAGAGGCUCCCAAAACACUUGCUUCUCAAGAUGAUAAACCUUUGAACUAUGGCCAUGCUCUGUUACCUGGUGAAGGUGCAGCUAUGGCUGAACAUGUAAAAGCUGGAAAACGUAUCCCACGAAGAGGUGAAAUUGGCUUGACAAGUGAAGAAAUUGCAUCAUUUGAAUGCUCGGGUUACGUAAUGAGUGGUAGCAGGCAUCGCCGAAUGGAGGCUGUGCGACUGCGAAAAGAGAACCAGAUCUAUAGUGCUGCUGAGAAGAGAGCCCUUGCAUCCUUUAACCAAGAAGAGAGACAAAAGAGAGAAAACAAGAUUCUGGCCAGUUUUCGAGAGAUGGUAUACAGAAAAACUAAAGGAAAAGAGGACAAAUAAGGAUUUUCUGAUUGUUCAUCAGACAUUUUUAACAACAAAAAAGAAAGUUUGGGUUCCAUAUAUACACACAAAAAGAUGAUCAUGAUCUGAAAAAGCUUUACAGUGCUACUGUGCCUUCUAUUUAAUUCUUUCAGUCUUUCUAUAAAAAGCUGCUUAUUGAU